UUAUGUCAACGUGAAGGUGCGCAACGGGGAAGAGAUCCUCUUUCUCCUCUCCUCUUUUCUCCUGUCUUUCCAUGUCCUGUCCCUCGAUUUCGAUGCAUCUCGAGUCGUCGCCGUGAUCCGCAGAACGCUAUAUGCCACACACUGGAUCACUGUACGUUUAAUAUCCGCGUGUUCAUCAAUCCGGGAACGAAUUUAAUUGAAGUGCUCGAACAUUUUCGCUCGGAAAACGAGCUAUAACGAUCAAACACGAGUCCAUCAGAUAUGAAGUAUUCGCCGCAGCAGCAGCAGCACCAGAAGCAGCGAAAAUCGGAGGGCAGCGAUGUAGCAUCUAUGGAUGCUACGCUCAGCCGAACGUCGGCAUCCAGUACGCAGGAGCAACGUAAAGCUUCAUCAACAUCGUCAUCGACACGAGCACCUGUCUGCCGUUCACCAUCCACUGGCAUGUUCGCCUGGAUGCGUGUGUUCCGAUUUGCAUCAAUGUUGCACCAGGUCGGCUGCUAAAGCUCGCCGACGAGUAUGAACCGUGCUAGAAGGGGAAAGAAAAGGAAAAAGAGUCGAUAUAGAAUCGUAUCUCAGAUUAAAUAAUUAAUAUCGUACAGCGCAGAGACGCGCAUAGCACA